ACUCUCAAGGCCAGAAUAUAUUUUAGGGUAAAGCGAAGGGAGAAGGGCGAAGCGCGCAAGGCGAGGCGAGCGAGAUCGAUUUGCUCGAGGACGAGCAUGGUGUCAAAGAUUCUUCUCCUAUUCUCUUGCAUUGCGCUGGUGGCCAUGGCCGAGGCGGCGACCCAAGAUCACGGCAAGGACGCCGCGAAGCUGGAAGAUCACGGCAGCAAGGAGGCCGUGAAACUGGAAGAUCACGGCAGCAAGGAGGCCGCGAAAGUGGAAGAUCACGGCAAGCAGGAGGUGGGCGAGAAUAAUGGGGGUUUUACAAUCCAGCUCCAGAGCGGGCGCCACGUCUCCAAGCCAGAGGUGUGGGAGCGGAUCGUGAAGAAGGACAAGGCGCGCGCGCAGUGGAUCGCUGAUCGUCUGGAGAAGGCAUCCAAGGAGAAGCAGGAGCACGAUGGCUAGAAACCCCCCAGGACGUUCUCUAUUAUGUACAGCGCAGUUUCUUCUUAGAAUUUCCUUCUUGUGUAUGAGAUUCAUAGCUGCGAAGAGCCCUAAUUUGUAUUAAAAGGUGUUCAAAUGUAA